GACUCACCGGUUGUAGGCGGUUUUCGACCACCGGUCCCGGUUCACACUAACAAAUUCUCCGGUCCAACUCGAAUCCUAUGCUCACUCCCGAGGGAAAAAACUUCGAUCGCACUCGUGGAUGGGCGCUGUCUCGAAACGUGAAGUGUGCAGAAAGAUUGCGUGCUUCCACGAGCUCGUCGAGUCUAGCAUCGGACUCGAUUCUGAAGAUGUCACGCGAAGGAGCGGCGCAGCGCCAUUUUCAUGAACAGAAAUCAGUAAGAUGGUGAGCGGGCCAGUGGUGAACGUUUAUCUUUUGUCGACCUACACGUUCGGCAGGAAGGAGGCGAAAAUGGAGAAGGAUACUUCUGUUGCUGACCGGCUUGCGCGCAUGAAGCAAAAUUACAUGAAGGAGGGAAUGCGCACCAGUGUGGAAGGGAUCCUCCUUGUACAGGAACAAAAUCAUCCUCAUGUGCUUCUUCUUCAAAUAGGAAAUACUUUUUUCAAGCUACCUGGAGGACGACUGAAAACUGGUGAAAAUGAAAUCGAGGGACUCAAGCGGAAGCUGACAAGCAAGCUAGCACCCACAGCCUCGUCUAUACAACCAGACUGGCAGUUAGUACAUUCGUUUUUUCGAUAAAUAUAACGAGUUGACCUUGAAACCAAUGGUGUAUAGAAUUGCUUCCUCAAACCCGCUUUUAGCUUAUCCUCUCUUUCAGGAAAUUUAUGGCAGACAUCCGUCUCAUCUUGUUCUUUUCAUUGAAGUGGUGUAAAAUUUGAAUGCCACGUUAGGUUAUAUGGAUGUACUCGUCCUGAUUGUAUGAAAUAGACCAUGCUUCGUGCAUAUAGGUGAAUGUGCUGGUGUAUGGUGGCGGCCAAAUUUUGAAACAUUAUUGUACCCAUAUUGCCCACCUCACAUAACGAAACCUAAGGAAUGUAAGAAGCUGUUCGUUGUACCACUAGCAGGAAAGGCAGUAUUUUGCCGUUCCUAGAAACCUGAAGUUGCUAGCCGUCCCAUUGUUCGAGCUUUACGACAACGUGCAGAGAUAUGGAUCAGUGAUACCAUCAUCAUACCAGUGAUAUCAAUACCUCAACGACGUUCAAGGUCCAAUUUCAACGCGAUCAACAACUAAGACCUUCAUAUUGCCUUGUGAUAGCAGUAGAGUGCUACUGGAUGUGAUCGGGAAGCUUGACUUCCACUGGAUUCCUCUGGCAACUUCGGCUCGAGGGUUUCACGUUGGAGAAUACAAGUAUUUGAUUCAAUGUAACCGAUGAUAGUUGUUGCAUAAUCCAAGGGUCAAAACGAGAGCUGCACCGAGAUUCUCCCGGACUCUAAAAGCCUUCGCAGUUCUGCUUCUCUGUUCAUGUAAGCCACAUAGAUGGAAAAUUGUGAUCGCUCAAAAUCCUGAAGAAAAAAAUCCCAACCUUUUCCCGCCUCAAUCAAAUCUGCCAUGUCUCGCUCCGCCAGUCUAUUCGCCCACUUCUGUCUUCUGUCCUAAACCCUGUCUGCCCUUCCUCCGCCCGAGCCCCGACUCCACUCUCCCCUUUCCGCAUCAGCAGCUGUGCGCGAACCGAGGUCCGAUCCUGAACAAGCAAAAGCAAAUCGACCAGCGACAGGGCAAAGCCCCAAGGACCCCAUUCUCUUCUAGCCUAACCUGACCGGACGUAACUUGACCAGAGGGGACCAGACUAGGCCAAAGCUUUGACACAACGGCAUCGCCUGUGGUUGGAUCACCUUCCUUCCAUUUAUUCCCUCAUUGGCAUUGAUUUUUGAAUUUCGAAUGUUGAGUUUCAAUAUUGAAGUGGAA